AUGGAUGCUCUGCUCUGCCCCUGUUGUCCCAGUCUCUUUCCCGGUUGCUUUCCCUCCUGUCCACUGGUCCCUGUUCUGUUGGUUGACCAGUUUCACAGCUGUGUUGUUGCCCCAGGACGCCAUGUCUACCCAUUCAAAUUUCAGAUCCCUUCCCAGGAUGUGCCCUGCUCCUUCACUGGUUCCAAUGGUAAGAUUGUGUACUUGCUGGAAGCCAAGGUGAGCAGAUCAACAUGGUUUACCAGUAAAGAUUCGACUAAAAUCAACGUUGUGUCCAAAGCGGACCUUGUCAGUGUCCCUGGGAUAAAGACACCUCAGCACAAAAGUAUGGAGAAGAAAUUUAACCUUUUCACCUCAGGCGCAGUAACCAUGACUGCAGACAUUGAAAAAACAGGAUUCUUUCAAGGAGAAGGAUUAAAGGUUGUGGUCCGCAUUAUCAACAAGUCCUCUCGUGAAAUCAAGCCCAAGUACUGUGUGUACAGAAAGCACAGCUUCUUCGCAAAUGGGGAAAGAAGACUUGAAACUAAAGAUAUCUUGAAAGACGUGGGAACAGCCAUCGCUCCUUCUGCUUCGAAAAAGGUCACAAGGGUCAUCACCAUCCCCCAUGAUAUGGAGCCCUCCAUCCUCAACUGCAACAUCAUCAAAGUAGAGUACAGACUCAGGGUCUACCUUGAUGUCAAAUAUGCUUUAGACCCAGAGAUCAAGUUUCCCAUAAUCAUCAUGCCGGCCUCUCGGGUUCCUGCUGUGGUACCACCACCUGCUGCUGCUGCUGCCGCUGCCGCCGCCACCACCUCUUCUGACUCUGGAUUGGAACCAUUCGGGAAGACAACCCCACCAGCAGCACCCCAGCCUUUUGACCCCCCUCCUCCCUAUGAAGCUCAUGGGAUGUAUCCUCCUUUGACAGAUUUUGGCAAUAUUUCAGAGAAAUGA